CGCCUUCUCCGGGCUGCAGGCGUUGGUGGUGCCUUCGCCGCUUCGCCGUCGACUGCCUCGCUUGCUCCUCCCGGUGCGGAUCGGGGACUGGCAUCGCCGCGGGCCGGGCGACAUGGGCGUGCGCGUGGAGACGAUCGCCCCCGGGGAUGGGAGGACCUUUCCUAAGCGCGGGCAGACCUGCGUGGUGCAUUACACGGGUAUGCUGGAAGAUGGGAAAAAGUUUGAUUCCUCUCGCGACAGGAACAAGCCGUUCAAGUUUGUGAUGGGCAAGCAGGAGGUUAUCCGCGGCUGGGAAGAAGGGGUCGCCCAGAUGAGCGUCGGCCAGCGGGCCAAGAUGAUAAUCUCGCCAGACUAUGCCUACGGCUCGACCGGGCACCCAGGAAUCAUCCCACCCAACGCCACUCUAACCUUCGACGUGGAGCUGAUCAGAUUGGAAUGACGAGAGGGCUGUCCUCCCACUUCCCUGCUCUGGGGUUUGGCACAUGGAGAAAUCCAGAAAACUUUGCUUCAAGAUGAAUGCACAUGAAUUUGUAUGGAGCUUUCCCGGCUGUCCACUACACCAUCCACCCCGAUUUGAAUGUUUUGGGUCACUUGGCUCUGCUUUUGACUCUCCUUCCUUGUUUUCCUCUGAUUUUUGACGUUUUCAGUGACAUGCUGUAGCCUUCAGCUGUCUUGUUUUGGUUUUUUGGUCAGGUUCUUUAAUCUUAUUUUUGUUGGGGGGGUUUGAUGUAGAUUAAGUUGUGUAUGAUGGAGCAUUAUUAGUAAGUAUACUGAUUGGUUCACAUUAUAUAGGAAUAAUUGCUUGAAGGCAAACGUUUUUGUUUUGUUUUGGAAGUAUGUAUUGUAUUAAAUCAAUUUGCUGCUGCAAAGCCAUACAAAGCAGUUUAAGGAGCUGCUGAGGGCUGGAUAGCCAUGUGGUCACAGGAGUUGACGAGGUUCUCUGCCUGAAGCUUGGGGCCCCCAGGGACUCCCCGUGCCCUCUUUGCCGCCCUUUUGCGGAGGGGGCAGCUUUCGCACUCACCUUGUUCCUCCGGGGCUGUUCCGGUCCCAAGUCAACGACUCUUCCCCCCUGGCAAUAUUGUGCUGUGUGGCAUUUUCUACUGGAUCUUCAGGAUAUUUUUAACCUUUAGCCGUCUGAAUUUUACAGCUAGCUGAACCCAAGAACUUUGAAGGUGCUGUUUAGCAUGGGGCGGAGGGGUGAAUCCACGCCGGCCCCCCAGCCGCUAGUGCGGACAGAGAGCGUUCUUGACCAAGAUCGGAUGCUGGUCAUCGCAGCUCGCAGCGGCCUCUGCGCCAGCCCCCUCCCUCCCUCCCUCCCUCCCUCCCUCCCGUGUAGUGCGUUUUGGUAAGAGAAUCGCCGCGGCCACUUCCUUCACCACCACCAUCACAUAAACAUAGAGUUUUAUUAUUGCAAUAAAAAUGCUUUAUGCUGGCUUUUCUCAA